UUUCACUCUCAUUGCAAACUCAUCUUUCUCGUUAGCUCAAGCCCUUGAAGUUUCCACUCUGUGUAACUUUCUCUCUCUAGAAAAAUGUCUGGUCGUGGCAAGGGCGGCAAGGGUUUGGGCAAAGGAGGAGCCAAGCGUCACAGGAAGGUCCUACGGGACAACAUCCAGGGUAUCACUAAGCCUGCGAUUCGUCGUCUGGCUCGCAGAGGCGGAGUCAAGAGGAUCAGUGGGCUCAUCUAUGAGGAGACUCGCGGUGUUCUCAAGAUCUUCCUUGAGAAUGUUAUUCGUGAUGCUGUGACCUACACUGAGCACGCUCGGAGGAAGACUGUGACUGCCAUGGAUGUCGUCUAUGCUUUGAAGAGGCAGGGGAGGACUCUCUAUGGGUUUGGCGGUUGAGUUGUCGCUGGUGUCUUUGUUAGGGUUUGGUCAAGGUAGGUUUGGGGGUUGUAAAUUGUGUUGUUUUAGGAUCAGGUUCUUGUGUUUUGAAUUAGUUUAAUCUACUGAAAAUGUUAAUUUGGAUUGGAGAUCUGUUUGUUCUUCAAUGAAUUAUGUUUGAUUUUGAAUCUAGUAUUUUGAUGUGUUAAUUUGGUGUUUGUUUUUAA